GUAACUGUUCAGUCCCCACCUAAUUUUACACAGCAUGUGAGGGAGCAGAGCCUGGUGACGGAUCAACUCAGCCGGCGGCUUGUCCGUACCUACCAGCUGUACAGCCGGACCAGCGGGAAACAUGUGCAGAUCUUGGACAACAAGAAAAUCAAUGCGAUGGCAGAGGAUGGGGAUGUGCACGCCAAGCUCAUCGUGGAGACAGACACCUUUGGAAGCCGUGUGCGCAUCAAGGGGGCAGCCACAGGUUUCUACAUCUGCAUGAACAAGAAGGGCAAGCUGAUUGGCAAGAGCAAUGGCAAAGGCAAGGACUGCGUCUUCACAGAGAUUGUCCUGGAGAACAACUACACAGCUCUGCAGAAUGCCAAGUAUGAGGGCUGGUACAUGGCCUUCACCCGCAAGGGCCGCCCGCGCAAGGGCUCCAAGACCCGGCAGCACCAACGGGAGGUGCAUUUCAUGAAGAGGCUUCCCAAGGGCCACCAGACCACUGAACCCCACAGACGCUUUGAGUUCCUCAACUACCCCUUCAACCGGAGAAGUAAAAGGACUAGAAACUCCAGCUCCAGGGUGGGCCCUUGAUGUGCC